UCUCACAGGAAUUUUCGCUUUUUCGUGAGUUCCGGCCACACAGGGUUGACACGAAAGUCCCGCGGGGGGUCGGAGGCCGGUCCCCGUUCUUCUGGGGCGUUUUUGCGUGUAAAUGGACGAUGGUGGAGCAGAGUUUUCCUCUUCUCGGGCUAAUGGUUUUGCCAGCAUGAACUUUCCAACUUGUGGGUCAGAGAAACCCGUGAGGAAGAAUUCUUCUGGAUUUAGGUCUACGCGGACUGAAGCACACAUCGACCUCCAGAAUUUUUCCCGCUUCCCUGGGGGUGAACGCGGCCUACGCGAACAUACGUUGUCUGUUCGCGUUUCUUCUCGCCCUCGUCUGCUUCUUCGUUUUUUCUUUUUCUGUUUUCUUGCUCUCCUUCUCUCCGCGAUGGCGCCUCUCCGACCCUCCCCGGCCAGCGUCUGCACGCGAGUUGCGGCAGUGGCGACCGGACACCGCCGCGUGGGUCUUCCGUCCAUGGAUUUUCCACGGGUGUUUGAGUCUCGAGCUCUCCAGAGAAGCGGAUCGCAGGCCCGAAAAGUCCUUUUCUCCACAGGCACGGAAAAAACGAGAGUGCAGCCGGAUUUUUCUGCCCAGAAGGCGCAGAACCUGCGACAGCGCACCUGUGACUGUCUUGCAGACCUGACGCAGGGCAUUCCCCACCGGCCUAUCAGGCACGAGUGCCCCGUUAGAUUUCACCGAGAGGCGUCUGUUCCUCCUGUCGCUCCGCAUAUCGGUUUUCUCUCUUCUAGACUUGCGGAGGGUGUUUCCUCUUCCAGCUUUGCUGCCCCAGCGUCGUCGCGCGCAGGGAAAGCGGGGCAGGACGCAUCUCUUCUCCAGACUUCUUCUUCCGGAAGACGUCCCACAGAAACGGCUGCCUUUCUCUUGACUGGCUUCCCUUCUUCCCCUUCUGCUUGCUCGCCAUUCGCGGCUUCGUUAUCCCGCGAAGAGUCUGGACCGCGGGCAGGACUCGAAACACACAGGGGGAUGCUCUCUGCUGCGUCGCCCGCACUCGCGAGGAAGUCAUUCGAUUUCCGUGGAUCCGCUCUCCGUCACUUUUCGUCAAGUGGCGGCCACAGAGGUUCUUCAGAUACGAAAAUUUCUCCUGGACACAGCGACAAGUCAGGAGAACCGCUGGACCUCCCGGUCUUCACGUCCACAAAGCAAAUUGCAACCAUCGGACCGGCGAGCUGGGAUUAUGAAGAGAUCGAACGCCUUUUCCUCGCGGGCGUAGAUGUUUUUCGACUGAACAUGUCGCACGGUCUUCUAACCGAGAAGCACCAGCAGCUGCUUCACGUACGGCACUUAGAGAAGGUCUACAAACACCCUAUCGCCGUUCUCGCAGACCUGCCCGGACCGAAAUUUCGUCUGGGCGUUUUUAACAACGACGAGGCGACUCUGGAGACCGGCAAAUCCUUUAUUCUCGACUCCUCCACGCAGCCUGGGGACGCGUCGCGUGUACAGCUUCCCCACCCCGAAAUUCUUUCCGUUCUUCGCCCAGACGACAUAGUUUUGAUGGACGAUGGAAAAGUAAAGCUGCGGGUUACAGAGGUUUUUGCAGACACCACAGCGUUGAGCAGGGGCCUAGGUGACAUUGAGUCUGUAUCGCACACUGCGUCGCCAGGAUCAUCCGUAGUUCGCGCACCGGCAGUACGAUGCACAGUCCUCGUUGGAGGCCGCAUCUCAAGCAAAAAGGGAGUCAACGUCCCCUCAGCACGGUUACCAAUUUCCGCACUCUCUGCGCGAGACCGGGAGCUUGCCCGAACAGUAGCUAGCUGGGGUGUAGACUGGAUCGCCUUGUCCUUUGUCCAGUCCGCAGACGACGUUCACGAGCUGCGACGGGAACUCCGGGAGGCUGCGGAAGCCGCAGGUAGCACGACAGCGCAAUAUGCUGCUGAGCAGAAUCGCUCCGAGUCGCACGUAGACAGAGGUGACGCUUCGGGGGCUGGUUGCAGAAUUCGACCGGAUAUCUCCGUUAUGGUCAAGAUCGAAAAGCCUAUAGCGCUAGAGAACAUUGCAGAAAUCGUCGCCGCAGCGGAUGGUAUCAUGGUUGCGCGCGGCGACUUGGGGGUCGAGUUACCCAACAUAGCGUGGCUACCGAGAGUGCAGAAACGGCUUGUCAGCCUUUGCAGGGAAGCUGGAAAACCUGUCGUCGUAGCGACGCAGAUGCUUGAAUCGAUGAUGCAAGCACCUCUGCCCACACGCGCAGAAGUCUCUGAUGUCGCAAACGCAGUCUACGAUGGAGCAGAUGCUGUUAUGCUUAGUGGAGAAACGGCGGCAGGAAAUGCCCCUGCCCGAGUGGCUUGCAUGCAACGCUUGGGAAUUGAGGGGGUGGAAAACGACCCAAGCUUCUGGGAACUAGAGGACCAAAGAAGGCAAGCACGGCUGAGAGCAGCUGAACGCUGUGCCUCAACCGGCACCUCGGCUCUUCGUGUACCACGUGCCAGUAAAGGGAGGGAACAGGAAUUGGAGAAGGGUUCUGAGCUACAAGGAGAAAGCCGGGACCGAACGGAAGAGAUUUUGUCUCGGUUUCUACCGGGACGGCGUGAACAUCUCGCAUUCAGUGAAGCAGACCGACAGGGGAAAAGCGGAGACACAAACCAGGGGACAUCGAAGACGGAACAAGGAGCGGAUGAAAGUGACGCCUGGGUGGAGCACACUGCAGCCGCGGUGGCGCGGCAGAGCGGUGCCAAAGCAAUUGUAGUCUUCGGAGAAAAUGAAGCACUACUCCAACGGUUAGCCACCCUCAGGCCAACAGCUCCUGUAUUGGCUGUUACAGAAUGCGUCCACACAGCGCGAAGACUGAAGAUGUACUGGGGAAUUUACCCAGUCUUGCUCGAGGCAGAGGAUCAAGAGAACGUGGAGUCCCGUGCUAGGAGACCAGCCAGCUUGGACGAUCAACUGCGAUUGGCGUGUGAAUUCGCUAGAAAGGAGAAGUUCGCUACUGAAAGUACAGAUAACCUAGUAGUUCUAGGAAGGCUGCCGGGAGGACGGGAGAACGGGACGAACAGCGACAAAACGACAGCGCGCCUCACCCGGCCAAUUUUGACAGUGUGUACUCUCGAGUCAGGGCGAUAGUCACUUUACUGAGACUGAACACUAGUAUCUGUUGACUCGUGACGGUUUUUCUCGCCGAUAUCCUUUCUAUGACGAAGCGCUGUGCUCAGUCAGUUGGACCAGAGUCAGUGUGUCCGAGCGUCUUUCCCCCUGUUUGUCAUUCGAUGUCACACUGUUAUAUGUCCGUGCAUUCUGGUGUUGCGUAUCGAGGUUCUUCCUGGAAAACGCUCAUAUAAACUAGGUUCUACGUCGGGUGCCGCAUGUCGAAGUUCUAGGAAACGUCUUAUAUAAACUAGGUUGCACAAGUUGACUAAUAGCGUUGGGGGUGUUGCCGAUAGUUUGGCAAUCGACUUGUCGUCACGCCAAGAUGCUUCACCAGUGUUGUGUAUCAAGUGGCAUGUGCAGCGGUGUUUCCACUAUUCCUGCCGGCGGGGUCGAGAGCAGAAGCCGACAUCAGGACUCGCCGAUUGAGUUGUCCCGGUGUGCAUCUUUCCUCUAAAAGGGAACAAAGAGUUCAGAAUUCUGUCUUCGUGACACGCGGAAGAUCUUCACCGUAAAUCUUAAGUCUGUGUAAGCCGGAGGGAGCUCUCUAUGAAACGCCCAAAGCGCGUACGGCCUUCGGCGCCUUCAUACCAGCCCCUCUCCAUCCACUGCCCAGAGGAUAUUUUUCUUCCCGAUCACGGAUAAUUUCUCCAAGUUUUUUGAAAUACUGUCCUUUGCUGACCUCGAGGACUUCAGAGAAACGCUGUGUCUCGUCUUUCGCUUCGAGUAAAG